AUGGACGGCGACCGGGUCCGGGCGCGCCGGUGGGCGGACGAGGAGGCGGAGGAGCGGCCGCUGAAGGUGGUGUUCGCGUCGCCGGCGGAGCACUUCACGGACUCGGCGCCGAUCGGGAACGGCAGCCUCGGCGCCAUGGUUUGGGGCGGCGUCGCCUCCGAGAAGCUCCAGCUCAACCUUGACACUCUCUGGAGCGGUGUGCCGGGAGAUUACACCGACCCGAAAGCACCUGCCGCCCUUGCCGCCGUCAGGAAGCUCGUCGAUGAAGGACGGUUUGUGGAUGCCACCAGCGCGGCUUCGGGCCUUUUCGGUGGUCUAACAGAGGUCUACAAACCUCUUGGAGAUAUGAAUCUAGAGUUUGACACAUCCAAUCAGGAGUAUAGUUCCUACAAAAGGGAGCUUGAUCUGCAUACUGCUACCACAAUUAUCACGUACAACAUUGGAGAAGUUCAGUACACAAGGGAGCACUUCUGCUCAAAUCCACACCAGGUCAUUGUUACCAAAAUUUCAGCAAACAAACCAGAACAUGUAUCAUUGACUUUAUCGUUAAAUAGUAAGUUAAACCACAGAGUUCGUGUAAUGAAUGCAAAUGAGAUGAUCAUGGAUGGCACCUGUCCAGUACAAGGACACAAGCUACAAGAAAAUGAAGCCAACGAUGCUACUGGUAUCGGGUUUGCAGCUGUCCUUAGCCUGCAGAUGAGCGGCACUGCUGCAAAAGUAGCAGUUCUAAAUGAUCAAAGUUUGAGAAUUGACAAUGCAGAUUGGGUUCUUUUGCGGGUUACAGCUGCUUCCUCAUUCAAUGGGCCUCUUGUGAAUCCGUCAGACUCAAAACUGGAUCCUGAAUCAGCUGCUCUGAGGGUCAUGAAUAUGAUUAGGAAUCUCACAUUUGAUCAGCUCAAAGCUGCUCAUUUGAAAGAUUACCAGGGUCUUUUUCACCGUGUUAGUCUGCGGCUAUCACAAGCAGCAGCUAUAGAAAAAAUAAACAUGAAAGAAGUUGGUGAUGCCGUCAAGACUACAGCAGAAAGAGUGAAUGGUUUUCGAAGCGACGAGGAUUCUUCUUUGGUUGAACUUCUCUUCCAAUAUGGUCGAUAUCUGCUCAUUUCAUGCUCUCGACCUGGAACACAGAUAUCUAAUCUGCAAGGAAUUUGGAAUCAAGAUCUCUUUCCUGGAUGGGAGUGUGCUCCGCACCUCAACAUAAAUCUUCAGAUGAAUUAUUGGCCAACACUUCCUUGUAACCUUACUGAAUGCCAAGAACCACUACUUGAUUUCAUAGCAUCUCUUGCAGUUAACGGAACUAAGACUGCAAAAAUCAAUUACCAAGCAAGUGGCUGGGUAACUCACCACGUCUCAGACAUAUGGGCAAAAUCAUCAGCUUACAAUGAAGAUGCCAGGUUCUCAGUGUGGCCAAUGGGGGGUGCCUGGCUUUGUACGCAUCUUUGGGAGCACUACCAGUAUUUAUUGGACAAAGACUUUUUGAAGAACACUGCAUAUCCAUUGUUGGAAGGAUGUGCGCUGUUUCUGACUGAUUGGUUGAUUGAGGGACCUCGAGGUCUUUUGGAAACAAACCCCUCUACUUCUCCCGAGCAUGUUUUCAUUGCUCCAGGGAGUGGUGGUCAGCAAGCUAGUGUAAGCUAUUCAACUACAAUGGAUAUCGCAAUCAUCCGAGAGAUAUUCUCGGCAGUCAUUUCUUCUGCAGAGAUUUUAGGAAAAUCUGAUACUCCUCUGGUCCAGAAGAUCAAGGAAGCGCUUCCAAGGCUCCCUCAGAAUACGAUUGCUGAAGAUCAAACACUCAUGGAAUGGGCACAAGAUUUUAAGGACCCUGAAGUUACCCAUCGGCACCUGUCACAUCUCUUCGGUCUUUAUCCUGGUCAUACUAUAACCAUGCAGAGAAAUCCUGAGAUUUGCGAAGCUAUUUCUAAUAGUCUUCACAAACGAGGGGAAGAUGGACCUGGAUGGUCAAGCACGUGGAAGAUGGCUUUGUGGGCGCGCCUUCUUAACAGCGAAAAUGCAUACAGAAUGAUCCUAAAGUUAAUCACGUUGGCUCCACCUGGUGAAAAAGUUGGGUUCGAAGGAGGACUGUACACCAAUCUGUGGACAGCACACCCACCAUUCCAGAUCGAUGGAAACUUUGGAUUCGCAGCUGCGAUCGCUGAAAUGUUGCUUCAGAGCACUCCCACUGACCUGCAUCUACUGCCCGCGCUUCCACGCGACAAGUGGCCUGAAGGGUGUGUCAAAGGGCUGAGGGCCCGGGGUGACACCACUGUCAGCAUCUUCUGGGAGAAAGGGGAGCUCCAGGAAGCAGUGCUGUGGUUUAACAACAGAAACAAUUCAGCUUUACGGUUGCAUUAUGGCGGGCAAGUUGCCGAAGCCACAGUGGAAGCUGGUCACGUUUACAGGUUCAAUGGGUUUUUACAGUGUGUCGAGAUAUGGCCCCUUGACAAAUGCCCAUUUUAA